GGGGUUUUAGGGGUUUCUUCUUUCUCUUUUAUAUCAAAUAACUAAGCUCAAUAGAUUAAUUAAGGAUGAUGUUAAGGAAAUUUGGAACAUUAAUUUUUGUCCUAAGUUUCACCUUUCUUGUUUCAGGAAAGGAGGUCUCCAUCAAGGCAACAAGUGAAAGCCUUUCAACAAAGAAGGAGAAAUGCACCUAUUUUGUGACAAUAGAGACAACAUGUACAAAAGGUGCAGAAACCUCAAACCAUGUAAGCCUAAGGUUUGGUGAUGAAAAUUCCAAUGACAUUUUAGUGCAUCAUUUGAAUUCCAAGCAUGUUAGAAGGGUUGAUCCAUUAGAGCCACAAGUUCUUGAUGACAUCCCAAGAAAACCAUUUCAAGCUUGCAUGAUGGAUCAAUUCCAAGUCACUGGUCAAUGUGUUAAAUCACCAAUUUGCUAUCUCUAUCUUAAAUUGGCUGGAAAUGAUGAUUGGCGUCCUGGUUUUGCUCAAGUUCAAGUCCUAGAAGGACCUCAUUUUAGCUCAAAUGCGUUCUAUUUUCGACGAUAUUUGCCGCGUCGCGUGUGGCACGGGUCGGACCUUUGUGACACACAGGUCACGCCUUUUGGGUUGAAACGCAAGAGAAAUCUAUUUGGAAGGAAAGCUCCGUAAAACACAAUAAUUUGGUUGGCUGUAUAAAUUAACUUUCACUAAUAUAUUUAAUGAAAGCCUCAUAUCUUAGUAGC